UCUUCUUCUUGUGUGUUGCAGAUGGAGGACGAGGGCAACCAUGGCAACGACGAGACGCGCUGCUUCAUCCUGUCGACGCUGGCCGCGCACCAGCUGAACCGCGCCGCCUGCCUGCUCUGCGGCGGCCUCAUGGCCGUGUUCGACCGCUAUCCGCUGGUGGACGGCACCUUCUUCCUCACGCCCAAGAAGCACUCGGCGGCCUGCCUGCCGACUAAGGUGGAGGGGAAAAUGCAGUACCUGUCAGCUGUUUGCAUGGGCUGUAUGGACAACAAAAGGACCUUGUGCCGUUUCUGCGGUGUCCCGUGGGACGGAUCUUCCCUUGUCCUGGGAACGAUGUAUUCCUAUGACAUCUUUGCUGCCGUUCCAUGCUGCCAGGAGCGAUCAAAGUGCAAUAGCUGCAAGAAGCCCCUGCUGUCGGUGUUCCAACGCCUUAACUACUACUCCGAUUACAGUCAAGACGUAGCUUGCCCACACUGCGGGGUGACCGACCACCACUUCAUCAAGUCCUUGCAGGGAACCUACCAGUCACAACCAUAA